GUCAAAACUGUCGCCACCAAAUUUUUUAUCAACUUGUGCAUGAAGUCGAUGAAAUUUUGAGAAAAAAUAAAAUUAAUAGAUUCGAUAAGAAAUGGCUGGUGUAUUAGUAAAAAGUUUUCGUUUGUGCACGAGGAACACAGCGAAAUUACGAUCCUUAUCUACGAGACCGCUAGCGGUAGCUCUGAUUAGCAAAUGCAACGAAAAUAUCCAAACUAUUUCACAAAUAAAAUCCUCUUCGCUCAUCCCACAGAGACUUGUUACACCACAAGGCCGAAGUUACAGUUCAAAGCCGCCACUUACAUUGAAUCUUAUCUCUGAAAGAGUUCUGUUAGUAUUAAAAUUAUACGAUAAAGUUAACCCUGAAAAGUUGACUCUGAAUUCCCACUUCAUCAACGAUCUCGGACUGGAUUCUCUGGAUCACGUGGAAGUCAUUAUGGCGAUGGAGGACGAGUUCGGUUUCGAAAUACCCGAUGCCGAUGCGGAGAAAUUGAUGAAACCCGCAGACAUAGUGAGGUACGUGGGAGAUAAAGAAGAUGUGUACGAUUAGAUAUUCAGAGGUUACCUUUCCCGAACAUUAUUGUCAACAGUUAGAAACGUUUUGUUAAUUUUUAAGUUUAUUUAAAAUAAAUUAGAAAAGAAUCUGUUU